AAAGGAUGAUAAUUCUUAAUUUCAUAUUUGAUGACUACCCUUUUCAUAGAGAAUGAUGAUUCUUAUUUGAUGCACAUCUUUUAUUGUUUAUAUGGAUAUAAAUUAUCUGCAUGUUUCUGGCAUUGCAGGAGAAUAGGUUGAUGAUUUUGGGUCCAUCUAAUCACAUUUCCAAUGGGGUUCCUGGAAUGUUAAACCAAGAAACUAUGGCUAAGUUAGAGAAGAUGAGGGAUAGCUAUGAAGAAUCGAAAAGGGAGAAUGAGAAGCGCUUAGAAGAAUUGGAAAAGGAGAACGAGAAGCUCAAAUCUAGGGUUACUGCUAUAGAGACUGAUAAGAGCAAGGAUGCAAAGAAGUGAUAGAAUCUGGGAGGGAUGAUGACUAGGGAGCAGGCGCGGCUGGUUUCACUCCAUAUUAAACUUUAUGUUCCUUCUGUGUGUUUUUUGUUUUUUCAACUAAAUUCUAUGGGUUUAAACUUUAAAUUCCAUGUGACGUUUAACUUUUCCAGUAUUUUUCCUUUUUUGGUGUGGAUUAUAUUCUCUUGUUUUGUCUUAUUAUUAGUUGUUUGACGGAUGCUAUUACUAAGGUUGUUGAGUGAGGUUCUUUGUCUACAUUUCAGUGAAUUUUCUGGUG